UUCCAGUUAGUUCAACAAACUGUUUGCAAAGCAGCCUCCCGUCGCCGCCGCGCGCUCUGCUCCUCUCUGCUCCUUCAACUCGUGGAUUUAGUUUCUACCUUUCAUCAUCUGGGCAUGAGAGGCAUCCUCGCUGAUCGGUGUUUUCUGAUCAGCGAAUAAGAGCAUCCAGGAGCCGCAUUGGGUCUUUACUGAGGCUUUCUAAGGAGAAGCUGCCCGUCACACUCACACAGAGGAUCUGCUGCGCCUUGAGCCCAUGAAAAGAGGAGCUGGGGAGAAAAGCAGGACAAACAAUCACCAAUUUCACCUGAACACAGAAGAAAAACAAAGAGAUCCGCAUGGGGCAAGGAGAGGCUUCAGCUCGGGGGACAACCAUGGAGGGGGACUGUCUCAGCUGCAUCAAGUACCUCAUGUUUGUCUUUAAUUUUCUCAUCUUUCUGGGAGGCUCCUUCCUCCUAGGAGUGGGGGUGUGGGUGCUAGUUGACCCCACAGGAUUCAGAGAAAUCGUAGCCGCUAACCCUUUGCUGUUCACUGGAGUCUACAUCAUCCUGGGCAUGGGAGGGAUGCUCUUCCUCCUGGGCUUCCUGGGCUGCUGUGGAGCCAUUCGUGAGAACAAGUGUCUUCUCCUUUUUUUCUUCAUGCUCAUCCUGCUGAUCUUCUUAGCAGAGCUGGCUGCUGCCAUCCUUGCCUUCAUUUUCCGAGAGCACCUCACCAGAGAGUACUUCACCAAGGAGCUGAAGAGUCAUUAUCAGGGCUACAACAACAGUGACGUCUUCACAUCCACAUGGAACGCCAUUAUGACCACAUUUGACUGCUGUGGAGUGAACAGCCCAGAGGAUUUUAAGGACAGCCUGUUCAGGCUGAACAACCAGAAUCACAUGGUGCCAGAAGCCUGCUGCCAGCGCGUCCUUGUGAACGGAGAGAGAGUCUAUAGCAGCCAGGAGCAGUGCUUAUCAGGCAAUAUGAUGUUCCGCUAUAACAAGGGCUGUUACUCUGCCGUGGUCGACUACUUUGAACUAUACAUCUACGUUGCUGGAGCCCUGGCUAUUGUAGUGCUAACCAUUGAGCUUUUUGCCAUGGUUUUUGCGAUGUGUCUCUUCCGGGGCAUCCAAUAGAAGUGCUUCGUUUGCAAACUUCUUUUUUUCUUGAACAAAAAGGGAAUUCAGGAGAAGAAAGAACAGAAGCGGACAUUUGUACAUUUGUGGAUCUUCUUUUUCUUUAUUGUCUAAUUGUUUUUUGUUUUGUUUUUUAAAGUACUUCACAGCUGGACUUUUGAGGUACUGGGUGACAAACAGAAAAGCAGACACAGAAACCACUUCAAAAGUUUCAGAUUGGUAGAAUAAUUGGUGGAAGCAGUAAUUAGUGGACCAGGUCUGGCACAGACUGGCUGUAAAGCAGGCCGAGGAGGAAGACCGGGUGAAGCCUGAGCAGAAGGCACUGCACUGACUUUUGGAUGAAGAAUAUUUAUAUAAAGUUGCGCUGGCUUAAAGGAAUGGUACACCCAAAACAUGAUUAGCCUUCAUUUUCCACUCACCCCCAUGCUGAACAACACU